AUGCCACAUUAUACCUGGUUCCUGUCGCAAUGGGCCAUAGCCAGGAGAUUGCGCAAUGACGCCCAGGGCCUGGACUAUACCACGUACCUCGUGCCCGGCAUUGGCGGGAGAGAUGUGGCUCAUAUGUGGCUCAUUCGUCUCCAUGUCCCCUCCCCGUCCAAUUCUGACGUCGUUCCUACAUCCCCUGGUCCCAUUUUCACCUUGUCUUUGCAUAGGGAUGUGGAACCUUUCUGGCCAAUUGCUUCGUCCUCUGCCAUGGUCAAAAUCAUUGAUCCUUUGGAUAACUGGGAAGAAGCAUUCGAUGCGAGUACGAAGCGGCCACUCCGCGCCCCCGACAUCCCGGAUCAAAAUCUCCGCCUGCGGCUGAGUUAUUCUGACUUCUUCGCCACGGGCCACGUAAUGCUCCCGCCCCCUGCCCCCUGGACUCAUCCCCAAACCACCAAUGUCAAUUGCAAUGUCGGAUACACUGCCUGGUCCUGUCGUUCCACGUUGGCGUUGACGAACGCCACUUUAACACCACGCCACUUCAUGCCAACAUCUAUGUACAGGGUCCUGUUGCCCGACAAAAUGCUCUACCCGCAGCAUACGGCACAUGUCUAUGGUGCUCCGACCGUAAUCAGUGCGACGGGCGGCCCCAACUCGUCAGGCCUAUACGGAGUUACGGACAACUGCCCGGACUUGAUAGAGUACGAGUACAAUGCGUUAUCUCUGCCCAAGGACUACACCUUGGCAUAUAAAUUUAAAUCAGGACCGCCGGGACCGAGUCUCCUACUCUACACCCCUUGGCCUUUCUACAAUUUGGCCAAGAUGAUACGGAGUAGUCCGAUAAUCAAGAAUUUUGGCUGUAUCUUCCAUGGCCCAUGUUCUCCCAAGUCCUUUGACUUGGGAUGGCUGUUGCAAUACGAAACAGCCUCAGACUCUCGAUCCGCACAAGCCCUGCGAGAAAAGUAG